GAAGUCUCCGGGCUGAGGCCUAUGGACUUUUUGUUGCUGUUAAAAUUUCCAAUCGAUGUCAAUGUUUUUGUGCCCGUUUUGAGCGGAGUCUGGACCUUACGAGGCAUUUUCGCUGGGAGUAGACUGCGGAAGAAACGCACAAUAGUUGGAAAAGCCAGCUAGUUGUAGGAACUAACGCAAGCGCGAGGAAACAAGGCUUGAAAAAAUAUGACAUCUCGGAGGUGGUUCCACCCCAACAUCACAGGGGUGGAGGCUGAGAACCUGCUGUUAACCCGGGGGGUGGACGGGAGCUUCCUAGCCCGACCCAGCAAGAGCAACCCUGGAGACUUCACCCUCUCUGUCAGGCGUAACGGCGCGGUCACCCACAUUAAGAUCCAGAACACGGGGGACUACUAUGACUUGUACGGGGGGGAGAAGUUCGCCACCCUGGCUGAGCUGGUUCAGUACUACAUGGAGCACCACGGCCAACUCAAGGAGAAGAACGGCGACGUCAUCGAGCUCAAAUACCCCCUCAACUGUGCUGACCCCACCUCUGAGAGGUGGUUCCAUGGGCACCUGUCAGGCCGGGAGGCUGAGAAGCUGCUGACGGAGAAGGGAAAGAACGGUAGUUUCCUGGUCAGAGAGAGCCAGAGCCACCCCGGAGACUUCGUUCUGUCCGUCCGCACCGGCGACGACAAGACGGACAGCAGUGACAACAAGCCCAAGGUCACACACGUCAUGAUCCGCUGCCAGCAUGACCUGAAGUAUGACGUGGGUGGAGGAGAGAAGUUUGACUCUCUGACAGACCUGGUGGAGCACUAUAAGAAGAACCCCAUGGUGGAGACACUGGGCACAGUGCUGCAACUCAAACAGCCCCUGAACACCACGCGUAUCAACGCAGCAGAGAUCGAGAGCAGAGUGAGAGAGCUCAGUAAACUGGCCGAGGCCACGGACAAGGUCAAACAGGGCUUCUGGGAAGAGUUUGAGACUUUGCAGCAGCAGGAGUGUAAGCUGCUCUACAGCCGUAAGGAGGGGCAGAGAGCUGAAAACAAGAACAAGAACCGAUACAAGAACAUCCUGCCCUUUGAUCACACUCGUGUGGUGCUGAAUGAUGGGGAUGGAUCUGAGGCUGGCUCGGACUAUAUUAACGCCAAUCUCAUCAUGGUAGUAAAUGACAUCAUGCCAGAGUUGGAGUUGAAGUGUAACAGCACCAAGCUGAAGAAGUCGUACAUCGCCACACAGGGCUGUCUACAGUACACCAUCAGUGACUUCUGGAGGAUGGUCUUCCAGGAGAACUCCCGGGUCAUCGUCAUGACUACCAAGGAGGUAGAGCGGGGAAAGAGUAAGUGUGUGAAGUACUGGCCAGACAUGUCGGCUCUGAAGGAGUAUGGAAUCAUGCGUGUCCGCAACGUCAAAGAGACGUCUGCUCACGACUACAUCCUGCGAGAACUCAAACUGUCCAUGGUCGGACAGGGUAACACAGAGCGGACAGUGUGGCAGUACCAUUUCAGAGCGUGGCCGGACCAUGGUGUCCCUACAGACCCCGGCGGUGUUCUGGACUUCCUAGAGGAGGUCAACCUCAAACAGGAGAGCAUUCUAGAGGCUGGGCCCAUAGUGGUGCACUGCAGUGCUGGUAUCGGGCGAACAGGAACGUUCAUAGUGAUUGACAUCCUCAUUGAUGUCAUCAGGGAAAAAGGAGUGGACUGUGACAUAGACGUUCCUAAGAGCAUCCAGAUGGUUCGUUCCCAGCGGUCUGGGAUGGUUCAGACUGAGGCCCAGUACAGGUUCAUCUACAUGGCAGUCCAGCACUACAUAGAGACACUACAGAGACGCAUAGAGGAGGAACAGAAGAGUAAGAUAAAGGGGAGGGAGUACACCAACAUUAAGUAUUCUCUGUCUGACCUGACUGGUGGAGACCAGCUGCAGAGCCCUCUGCCUCCCUGCACCCCCACCCCCACCUGUGCAGAAAUGAGGGAGGACUGCUCCAGAGUGUAUGAGAACGUUGGUCUGAUGCAGCAGCAGAAGAGCUACAGAUGAGAUUGAAUUUAUGACCCCAACGAUGUCCCAGUCCCAGGAAUGUACGUUUUUUUGCCGCACCUGAACGUCUGAGACGUGAUCACAAUUACUACAAUGAAAAGAAGAAAAUGUAAAAUUACGAAAAACAAAAAUCUGAGAGAGGUCUACGAGAGAACCGAGAUUAACGGAGGGGUUUUUGUUCCCUCUCUCCUCCUCUUCCUCAUCCCCCUCUCUCUCCAGGAACAGUUGCCGUCUAGUCCCCUCAUAAACCACUGUGAUUAUCUGGAGAGCCCUAACGAGCUUAAUAACCUAAUUUAAUAACAAGCCUAAAUCCCUAAACUAAAGCUCAGCCUGAGUUUAGACCUGUCUCAGACCAGACCCAGGCUGAGACUAGCAGCACGCUGCUCACCAGAGGGAGAACAACCUAGCUAACCUGUUGUGUUUGUCUUUGUUCCACUCUCUCUCCCUUUUUUGCCAUUCAUUAUUUGUGUAUUUUUUUCUUAUUAACCAAAAGAAAGAAACACAUAGCUACUUUGUCUAUUGUGAGCUAGUGAGAUGAGUGAGCCCUUCUCAGAGUUGGGGAAAAAAGGCCUGUGCCAAAAACCAAAAUGGUUUCAUCGAACGUCUCAGUGGUAUCAGUGGUCUCCCUCUGCCCGGUUAAACCAUUUUCUGAGAAAAAAGGGAUAUUUCCAGUGGUAAUAUAGAGUGUUGUGUUUUCUGUUACUGAAGGAAGAAUUCUGGGUAUUGUAGUCUCUAACUUCCCAGUGGAUUACUAUUCAGUAUGUUGGAGAGGAUAUUGGUUUAGCCUUUUUAAAGACAUUUUAUACUUUUUAAAUGUUUUUUUUAUUUCAUGUUUUUGUUGACAUGUUUUUUGUUGUUGCCACAGUAUGUGGUACUCAGUCUCCCUUAGUUACCAUUCCUCACACCGAUGUCCUUAACGCAGCAUUCCCAUAGCAAAGUAACGGCUACAGCCCAAGCCUUGUACCCUGGGGGGAGAUGUUGGCUAGAACUCCGUUUCCCAGGGUGCCUUGUGGUCCCACUAAGCACUAAUGUGGGGUCUGAGGGUAGUUGGUAGUUUCUGGAGGUGAGGUGGGGUAGCCUCGCCCCAUACUGUAUGUAAGUCCUGUUAUGACAACAAAUGUUAGAAGAGUUGUCUACAGCACAGACAGUAGGGGAUGAGGCUAGAGGUUGGGUGCUUCCUCCCAGGCUCUUCUGUGUCAAAGUUAUUAUGGAAACUGUUUCUGAGUUUCUGGGGUAACUUGUUGUUUAUUCCAGUCCAACAGGCUGCCCCAAAAAAGUUGUUCAUAUUUUUUUAUUUUCUAAACAAACAUCAUAAUGAUACUAUUACAUUUUGUGCUUCUUCUGUUCUUUUUAAAGAUGAAUGCCUGCUGUGUACUUUUUGAAGCACCACAUGAACUUAAUUUUCUCUGUUUCGAGAAGCUACCGCACAUUUUGUUAUCUCUGGCAAUUUUAGUAUUAAUUGUUGUGGUUGUCAUGGAAACUACAGGCCCACUGUUGGUUGGCUGCAUUUGGUCAAGGACACACAGUUGGAGUCCGUUGCAAAUUCCUUUGUUCUACAUUGGUGUUUCACGGUUGAAUGUGCAGUUUUCAGUCUCUGUUUAUUAUUUUGCUAGGUGCAUCACACUAAACCACAUUACUUUCUUGGUCUGUUGUCCAUAUGGAAAUAAGUGCUUAUCAUCUACUACAGUAUUCUGGAAAGGGUUGUUUCCAGGUUAAUGAUGAUGAUACAGUAAUUGAAUAUAUAAUGUGUUUUGUAUGUACUUUAUCAUGGUAAUAAUCUAUCUACCCACUUAAUCUCAUAUCUAACAUAACGUUAGCUUUUUCGCCAACACAACCCUUCCAUUCUACACAUGAUUACUGCUUAAAGCGCUUUGUCUUUGUUUGGCAUUGCACCUUAUUCCCAAUGUAGUGCUAUGCACACUUUUUGUCCAGAGCCUUAUGAGGACAGAAGUAUUUAUAUAUAUAUAUAUAUAUAUAUAUAUUAGGGAAUAGGGUGCCAUUUCAGAUCAGCCCUUUGUGUAACGCAGGUAGGGUUGAGGAGGAAGUUGUCCUGGUCUUUAUGUCCAGGGUUACGUUCUCAUUUUCCCAACUUUUUCUCCGAAGUGUGCACUUGUUCACUCCCCCUCGUGAUUGAAAAACUAUUGGAUUGGUCGAUGUAAGUUUGCCAUCCUUAGCAACGAGGGAGGACUAGAACAUUCCUUUUCUCAGCCUCUCUGGGGCUCCAGGUUACCCGUAACUACUGAUCUAGGAUCAGCUGUGCUGGGAAACACUUUAGAUCGGUGUCUUCAUCCUUUUCUGGGGUAUCAGAGCAGUUGUUGUUUUUCUGAAUGGUUUGUUUGUUUCUCUGCUGGGUGGAGACCCUCCAUUGACUGAGUAAGGGGAUCCUUAGUACCACUGUAUGUAGUGUGCCCUUUCAUUGUCUGUGUGUGUUUGUUUGUCGAACACUAGUCUGUGGCAUGCUUCUGGUGUUUUAUGUAUCGUGGUGUGUUAGGAUUCGUAUGCGUGUGUGUGUGUGUGUGUGUGUGUGUGAGAGAAAAAGAGGGUGUGAGUGUGUCCAGAGAAUACUGCUGUUUCAGCUGCCUGCUCCUCAAUGCCUGGUCUUCUCUUCUGAAUUCUGUUGUUGUUUUCCUCUGAUCAUGAAGAAACUGAUUCUUCUCUUGUUUCCUGUCUGUUUCUGUCACAUAAAGCAUUUACAUGCAUAGAUGUGCCUCCCUAUGCAUAUGUAUUAUACAGUAUGUUUUGGUUAUACUCUGUUUGACAAACCUGUGCUCUUCAGUCUCGCCUCCAUACUUAAAUACCUAACGACCUGAAAACACUUUGUCAACCGGACAGCAUAAAAAACUUUUUUUUUUUUUUAUCAAUGCAAACAAACAAGACAAAUUAUAUUUUUUAACUUGUAUAUUGUACAAGGAGAAUGUACUUGCUAAACAUAUCUAAUUGCCAAUAAGAUAUACUGUCUGUGUAAUAAUCCAGUAGCUCUCUACCCCGUGUCAUGGAGUUGGAGCUUUCUCACAAAGGUUUAGAGGUUUAUCGUAUUGUAUUUCAAUGCAGGUAACCAUGGUAACUUCUUGAUAACAAUAAUAAACGGCAAGCUCAUGCCUCAAACAGUCA